AUGGACACACCGGUGCCUACUCGAACAAACCCUAGUCCCUUCGAGCUCUUAAUCACCUGCAAUCCGCCUAUCCUUGAAUCUCUACUAGCCCAAGUACCGACUGAGACCAUUUUCCGACUCUACCAAACCUCAUCCUAUCUGCGAGAUUUCUUCUCCAGAUCUCCCACCUCGUGGCGGUACAUAUCAUGGCGGCUAUACCAAGCCGCACCCUUCUCUUUAAUUGCCACCACCCACAACUCGGGCCAGACGCAGCGCCAAUCAAGUAAUUAUGCUCUCGAUCAGAUCCUUCUUAAUGUGAUAAAUCCUUUCAGCACAAGACUGGUCAGCCUCGAAUUAGACAACACCGCCGUCAGUGGGGCCACGUUGACUUCUACCGUUCUGAUUCUGAGGAGAGACACUCUUCUCCAUGUGUCGGUCCGAGGGUGCAAAAAUGUCUCUUUGAAAUACCAUAUCAAUCCAUGGCUCCAAAUGCAUGCGUUGGCACGAGAAUCCCCGGCCGCUGGCGGUCCACCCGGUUUCGAAUCACUUGCAUUGAAGAGCUUGUACACAUACCGGUGUCGGCACCAUAGGAGGAGACCGUAUUUACCCAGUAGUUUGGCCCGCAAGGAAAGUGAUAGCGAACCUACCCAUGAAUUGGUUCUUACAUGCCACAAACUCGGAAUUUGGACCGAUACAGCUUGGUGUACCACGCCUGGAGCACGUUGUUAUCGUCGACGAGGAUACGUCAAAAUGCGAAUGCCACAAGACCCAAGGGAGGUGUGGGUGGUUUAUGACCGCCUGUGGCGAAGUCGAAAUUGGCUCGGUCCCGCCGAACAGUCGAAAUCCGACUCGCUCGUUCGAAAACGAAAAAGGGACUGCCGAGCUUGGGAAUUUGAUGAAGAAGCCAUCAACGGUGAACCCGUUGGAACAGGACGCGAAUCCAAAGCAGUACCAAACCACCUUCGGAAAUCCCACACACAAUUUGUCGAAAACAUCACUUGUCACAACUGUUCUGAAGAAAUCCUCGAGCGAUGCGAACAAUGCUCCAUAAUGAUGCACUGCACAGGAUGCAGAAAAACUCUAUGUGCCAGUUGCGCAUUCGACCGGCCCUAUUUACGGAAUAAGCAUGCGCCGGAAGAAGAGAGGAACAAAUUUUGGUGGGCGCCUGGUUGUGCUGUAUCUCCGUGCUCCAUGCAAGAUCAGGAUUUGCCUCCCAAUAAUGGAGUGGUCGACGGCAAUCCAAAUCUCAGUGCCAAUGUUCUUCCCAACAUCAAAUUCAAAUGGUGCUGUACCGAACCGGUGUUCUCCGGGGGGGGGGGAAUUUCUUUUGGGAACGGUUCAAAUCGAGACAACGACUGCAUCCGUGCCGCACCACUUCGGUCUGGACACGGAUGGGAAGAUCCUGAAUUCAAUCCUGAUCGACCUGAUUUCGAAACCCUCGACAAUCCAAUUCCCGGAUCAUCCUCGCAAGGUAAUGCCCACGAAGGCCCCGGAGGUCGUUGGUCUUCCAUUGACGAUCUGUUCCAAACGGUGGGAUCUCUGAGUCCAGGGGAACAUUCUCCAGUCUCCGUGCCGAGAAUUCUAUGUGAUGAAUGUUACAGUGCCGAACAUUGGAAACUCGAAUGUAAGGCUUGUUCAACACCACUAUGUCUCAAACACGACAUCGGUGAUCGGGUCAAGGCCCGGAUUUGUGGAUACAAAGACCUCCUCCUGGAGAAACAAGGUUACAAGUCUCGACAAAAGGCUCUGAAGCUUCUGGCCACGCUGAUGCGGCAUCGAAAAGAAAAGCUCCCAUCGAAGCAACACAUUGAUGGAGGUAAUCUGGUGGAAGGAGGAAGCGCCACUCCUACCGACAGUCCGAAAUCUCGUGAAAGACUAUCCGCUCUCGGCGAAGGCCCAUCCUCGAAUCCAUUUCCCGCACUGACACCGUCUGAAAGCUACGAACGUUCUGUGCGUGAAGCGGCUUCAUUGAACGCGGAGUUUGGCCAGUUUUUAAGGACUUUGCGAACUCCUAGGGCGGAUGAUGAUCUACCCAACAUGAAUCGACCAUUGUCACCUGCUUCCAACAGCACCGGUCCUCUGUCCAGAUCGACAUCUCCUACACCAUCGACACAUUCAAUUCCACCAACCCCCGAACCAAACUCUGCUCCAAAUCGAUCGCACGAAUCACCCAUACCCAAAUGGCGAGGCUGUCAAGCCUUCUUCUGUCCGAUGACACGUUCCCCCACCGACCACAGGAGACGAUGUACAGCGGUCAUGAGACAAUGUGUGGAAUGCAAGGUCCAAGUUUGCGGUGACUGUGCAGAUGCUAUGGAUCCCCCCUGUCCCUGCAAAGGAUGUCGAAAUCCACAAAGCGAUGGUGAUCUCGUAACUGUGUCAUCAAACAUAGUAUCCACCACCCAAGGAAAUCCUGUCAAUGCGGCUUCCGAAACCCCAUACUUUUUCUGUCCAAAUUGUCGAUGGGACAGAAUGCUGUCAGGAAAAUGCAAGAGGAAGUCGGAGGCGUUUCUCAAUUCUCAAUCUCUUUCACACUCCCUUAAGAAAUUGAAGAAGAGGAAAGAUAAAAUUCGCAAACCUCUUGAAGAGAGGAGGAUGGGUUCCGACGAAGCAAUCGAUGGCUUGGUUGAGUUUUUUUCGAGUCUCAAUAUGCAGUUCUCGGGAAUGGGUCAUGCACCCAAUAUGGGUGCGUCCACCUCGGAAUUGGAUGCUCCAACAAGAGGAAAUCCUGACGAUAUUCAAGAGUUGGAAGAUAUGGGUGCUCUAGCAAGGGAUUUGAUUCGCAGAAUCCAGCGAUUGAGAGAUCAAUUUCGGCCAGGGUCGCUCGCUGCGCUCGCUUUACCGGACAUUCGACUAGAGGAUGAUGAUACUGCAAGGCUUGCGCUUACGGGAAGAAGUAUACAUCGUCAGGAUCCACAGGACGUACAGCCAGGUGUCGACGAGCAGGGACGAAUUAUUCCAGAUCCCGCAAUCUUUGAAGAAGACGAAGAAGAACAAUUCGAAGAACGGGAAUCAAGUACAGAUUGA